UUUGCAAAAACGUCAUCUUUGAAGUGGUCAGAACACUGUAACAAGUUUUCCCACCUAGUAGUCGAAAGCAAGACUAAAAACCUCAUGACUUGUCUCCAAGACCAAAGCACAUCGUUUUGACUCUCGAAAUACUUCAGCGCUGGACACACAUUAUGAAUGUCAUCAUUAAAUAUCUUCGAUCCGCUACAGUCCAUUUUUGAAGCGCUACAGAGAAACUCGAUCGCGUCUUUGCAAAGUUCAGAGGGAUACUCAGCCUCAUGUGAGAAUAACCACUGAUCGGCGAAGAACCCAUCUCUGAUUAGGACAUGCAUGAAAAUCUGUCGAAUCUCUGUUUGCUUUUUUCGAAGUCCACUUCUUUCCAUAUCUCUGAUGAAUAAGCGACAGUACGGGUGCUGA